ACACGUUCCCUCCGGGAUAAAAAACAAGACCAACACACACAAACCUUUUGGGUUAACAUUGAUUCUCCCUUCUACUACGUUCCACAGGCAUUCUAGCACUGGCACAUAAAACAGGAGUCCAUAUCCUCUAUACUGUCAUAGAAUCCUCUCAAGCAGCCACGCCUCCAUUACCAUAAAACCCAGAGUAGGAUCUGAACAACAUUUUGCAAUCAAACAUUACAACUAAUCAAAUAAGACAAAACUCGUAGCUCAACUACUCACCAACGCAGCGACAAACGAGUGGAAAUAAAAUCCUGCUGAGGGCGUUGGCGUCAUUAACCAAUGAUAUAAUUUGUGGGCGGGGCGACACAUGUAGCCCAGCUCCACCCCGUUCUGCAGGCUGCAGCCAGGACAGUAGACAAUUAUAGAUGAGCGCCACCUGCAGGACAGAACGAGACGCGCCCAGAUAAUGACGUCAUUCACCCGCGACGUGUCUGUGAAAAUGGCUUCGUUACAGAAGGGGAAGAAGGUGGUCAAUCAAGAGGAUUUACGGCGAUUGAUGAAGGAGAAGAAACAGUCGACCGAUCGACAGAAACGCGUGGAGUCUCCGUACGCCAGAUACAGCGGUGUGGGUCAGCUGAGCUGCGCGCUGUGUAACGCGCCGGUGAAGAGCGCGCUGCUCUGGCAAACGCAUGUGCUGGGAAAACAACACAAGGAUAAAGUCACCGAGCUCAAGAACAGAGACAGCACUAAAACGCCGGCAGCACCUUCAUCAUCCUCAUCCUCAGCGCUGAAGAGGCCCGCGCCGGAGCCCGCGUCUGCAUCCGGGAAACGCGCGAAGCUGCCGCUCACCGGAGGCGCAGGUGCCGCAGGAGGACAGAAGGAGGAGACGGCCGCAUCUUCGCAUCAGUCUGUGGGUCUGGGGCUCCUCGCUGGACACUACGAUGAUGACGAUGAUGAAGACACCAGCAGUAAAGCUAAAGACGCCGUCCCCGCCGCCGGUCUCCCGGCCGAUUUCUUCGACAGCGGCGUCCCCUCCGCGCCGCCCGCCGUGUCGCACUCGGGCUCCGUGUCCAAACCGGACGACGGGGAGGAGAGCGUGACGGAGAAGAAGGACAACACGGCCGAAGCCUUACCCGAGGGCUUCUUCGACGACCCCGUGCGCGACGCUAAAGUGCGUAACGUGGACACGCCGCGAGACCAGAUGGACAAGGAGUGGGAGGAGUUCCAGAAGGAGAUGCGGCAGGUGAACAGCGCGUCUGACGCCAUCGUCGCGGAGGAUGACGAGGAGGGACGUCUGGAGCGGCAGAUCGACGAGAUCAACGAGCAGAUCGAGUGCUUCCGGCGGGUGGAGCUGUUACGCGCCAAACAGGACGUGGUGAAGAGCGCCGUGACGAGAGAGAGACGCCAGACGGUCGAAACGCGGCCGGACGGCAGCGAUGAUGAGGAGGAUGAGGAAGAGCUGAUGCAUGUGCUGACGCAGGACUGGAGGGCCAAAGGAGCCCUCGCUUGACACCGAUGAAGAGACGUUCAGCUCCGUUUGACCCUCAGUCUUUCUCUAGUGUUUCCAUGUUUUGUUUGUUGCUGUCAUUUCUGUACAGAGAUUUAUUAAAUCAAAAUGUGUUGUGAAGUUUUUAUAAGCACAUCCGGUUCAGUCUCAGAUUCCUCGGUUGUUAUUAUCUAUAAUCGUCCUCUAAUGGUCUGCAGGUACAGUAAGUGUGUCCGGUCUGACGUUCUUAUUCACAGUACACUGGCAGGAAUUCAUGAUGUUCGUGUUUAUAAGAACAGGCUAAUGAGUAGUUCAGAGCUGGACAAGAAUAGUUUACAUUUGCCUACAAUAUUCACAGUCAAGCAGUUUAUGUUUAUGGUGUUCAAUGAAUGAUGAUAUAAACAAUGUUAAUGCA